ACAAAUACAACCUAAUAGUACUACUAUUGGUUACAGCAGCAUGCAGAUUUCUUGGGUUGUGUGGUUUGUUGGUUUUGAUUGUCUGUGCAGGUACUCCAAGAAUUUGAACCUGAUCACAACAAAGGACAUCCAUUCUUGUGUAACUGACACCAACAAGCAACCUAAUCACAAAGGAAGCAACAAGAAGAUGCACACUUGUUUGAGAUCUUUUCUAUUAACCUCAGCUCCUUUCUUGCUGGUUCUUGUUUGUUGUGUAGAUGCAGAUGUCAGGAUGGACUUAUCAACAUGUCUUCCCAACACCUACAUAGAACACAUCACAGCUACAACCACCAAAACAAAUACCAAAACAAUUACUAAGAGGCCUCCACAAGGACUAUGCAGAAAUGCAACUUUCUUCUGGUUUUUGUGUUUGUUUGGCUGUUUGUCUUUGGCUGAUUGUUUUUUCUUAGGGACAUCCACACUCUCUAACAUCAACACACCACAGCAAACACUCUACCAACUGGCAGCACACAAGGAACAUGGGUACAGCAGCCUGCAGAUCCCCUUGGUUGUGAGGUGCAGUCGUUUUGAUUUAUGCAGGUACCCCAGCUGCAGCUUCCUCCUUGAAGCUGCAUUGAGCCCCAAGAGCAGUCACCCCAGCAACAACUCCAUCCACCUGCAGCAGACAAGAAACAUAUACAAGUUUGUUUGUUUUGUUUUUCUGUACAGGUACUCCAAGAAGUCUAACCACCUCAUAACAAAGACCAACAAGCAGCCUAGGGAGACUGCAGCCAUCAGAACCUGCAGAUUGGCAGCCUUGGAUGCAUUCCAUCAACAGCUGCAAUAGCUACACCAACUUGAAGCAGACAAGGAACAAAUACAAGCUAAUGGUUGUUGGAGAUACAGGCAACAGUGGAACCCAGAAGGAACUCCAACACCCUCAGAG